AGUUCAUAUACAGUAUUAAAAAAGAUGACAUUGUACAUGAGACUGUUUAGAGCUUGCUCAACCUCCACGACGCUCACCCAAAUACAUGCACACCUCAUAGUCACUGGACUGUACAUGGACCCUCUUGCUUCCACCAAGCUUAUAGAGUCCUAUGCACAAAUGGGCCCUUUUGAAUCUUCAAGACUUGUCUUUGAUCACUUUCAAAAUCCAGAUUCUUUCAUGUGGGGGGUAAUUGUCAAAUGCCAUGUUUGGAAUGGCUUCUUUCAAGAAUCUAUUUCUUUGUAUCACCGCAUGAUAUACAAAUCGGCACAAAUUAGCAGCUUUAUAUAUCCAUCAGUUUUAAGGGCUUGCUCUGCAAUUGGUGAUUUGGGUUUUGGCCAAAAGGUUCACGGGAGGAUUAUUAAAAGUGGGUUUGUGUCUGAUUUUUUCACUGACACCUCUUUGUUGAACAUGUAUGGUGAAAUGGGACGUUUAGAUAGUGCAAGGAAAGUGUUUGAUUAUAUGUCUGUGAGAGAUGUUGUUUCCUGGAGUUCGAUCAUAUCUAGCUACGUGCAGAAUGGAAGGGCUAGUCAAGGGCUGCAUAUUUUUGGUCAAAUGAUGAUGGAAAGUUCAGAAAUUGAUGAAGUCACCAUGCUCAGUGCAGCUGAGGCUUGUGGUGAGUUGGGUUUGUGGAGACUGGCAAGGUCACUUCAUGGUUUUGUUCUUAGAAGAAAUAUUCAAAUUGUUGGGGCGUUGGGUACUUCUCUUGUUGCAAUGUAUGGAAAAUGUGGUGAUAUGUGUAGUUCAGAGGGACUUUUUACCCAGGCUGCUUUCAAGAAUACAUCUCUAUGGACAGCAAUGAUUUCGUGCUAUCAUCAAAAUAGAUGCUACCAUGAGGCUUUAAGAACGUUUAUUGAGAUGCAAGGAUCAAAUGUGGAACCCAAUGCAGUCACUUUGAUGUCUACUGUAUGUUCCUGUUCUAGGUUAGGUCGGCUAAAAGAAGGAAAAUCAAUUCAUGGUUUUGUCAUUAGAACUGCUGUUGACACUGAGAAUGAUCUUAUGGGACCAGCAUUGAUAGAUCUAUAUGCUAAUUGUGGAAAGUUAAAGGAAUGCCACAAGGUUUUUGAAGUAACUCAAGACAGGCGUGUAGUGUCAUGGAACCUGCUCAUAUCAAAUUAUGCUCAGGAAGGAAUGACUAUUGAGGCUAUUAAGCUCUUUAAGCAAAUGCUUGUAGAAGGAAUUCAGCCAGAUUCAUUUACUCUAUCAACUGUAAUAUCAGCAUGUGGUGAUAUAGGAUUUUCUCUGCUUGGAUGUCAGAUACAUAGUAGUAUUCUAAAGACAGGAUUCUCAAGUGAGUUUGUCCAGAAUUCACUAAUUGACAUGUACGGUAAAUGUGGACUGCUUGGUUCAGCACACAUGACAUUUGAUGACACCAAACAAAGAGGUGUUGUAACAUGGAAUACUCUUAUAACUGGACUUUUGCAAAAUGGUAAAUCUGAAGAAGCCAUAGCUCUUUUUAGUGAAAUGUAUGCAUAUGCUCUUGAAAUGGAUGAAGUCACCUUCCUGAGUACAAUCCAAGCCUGCUCAAAUCUAGGAUAUAUAAGGAAAGGAAAAUGGAUUCACCAUAAGAUGAUUACAUCUGGUAUGAGAAAGGAUAUGUAUAUUGAUACAGCUCUAAUAGACAUGUAUGCAAAAUGUGGAGACCUUCAGAUAGCCAGAAAAGUUUUUGAUAGCAUGCUGGAAAGGAGUGUGGUGUCAUGGAGUACCUUACUAGGAGCUUAUGGGAUGCAUGGUCAAGUUGAUGCGGCCAUUUUAGUAUUCAAAGAAAUGGUAGAAUCAGGAAUAAGACCAAAUACUAUUACAUUCAUGAAUAUCUUGUCUGCUUGCAGCCAUGCUGGUAAUUUGGAAGAAGGGAAGAAGUUCUUUAAUUCAAUGAGAAAUGAUUUUGGCAUUGAACCUAACUCUGAACACUAUGCUUGUCUAGUUGAUCUUCUAAGUCGCGCUGGUGAUCUAAAUGGAGCAUACAGUGUCAUCCUUUCAAUGCCAUCCCCUGUAGAUGCAAGUAUUUGGGCUGCACUAGUGAAUGGCUGUAGAAUCCACCAACGAAUGGAUGUCAUAAAUAGUAUCAGAGAAAGUCUUUUAAAUAUAAGGACAGAUGAUACUGGAUACUAUACUUUAUUGUCCAACUUAUAUGCAGAAGGAGGAGAAUGGGGUAAAUUUAGGAUGAUAAGGUCAACCAUGAAAAGGAUAGGUCUAGAAAAGGUCCAAGGUUGCAGUAUGAUUGAGAUUGAUAAGAAAAUACAUAAAUUUGGAGCAAAUGACAAGUCGCAUUUGCAGAUAAAGGGUUGCAACUUGUUAGCCAAUUUUCUAAGUUCGGGUUUCAGUAAGAUUGUUGAAUUAGAUGCUUCUGUUACUUGAUUCAAGCAGGGUGCAGCAAGUAUAAUACUAAAUGAAUCACCAGCAAGAUUUGAAAUCUGGUUCUCAGUUCUGGGAACUUUGAUGCUGUCCAGACAACUACAUAAUUGGCGUGGUCAACAAAUUCAGGGGAAACUGGCUGAUAAUCAUUGACUGCUUUAAUGUCUUUGGUUUAGCCUUCUUGAUUAGUCAUCCAGCCCUCCGCGGAUAACUGGAUAUAGUGCACUUGUACCUGUGGCCUGUUUGAAUAAGGGUAUCAUCAAUAGGAGGUGGAGAUACAAUAAAUUGUGUGUGAGCUACAAUCUCCGUGAGCUGAGACAGUGACAGAGAUGAUUGACAAUCUGUAAGUAAUCGAGUUGGACACCAAAGUUAAACUCUGUUUAUCAGUGCAUCUCUUAUACUGUGCAUGUUAGCAUGUGCAGAUGGAAGUAGACUUGGGAUACCAUCACUUGCAUGCCAUAUCAUGACAAAUCAACGACCCAAUAAGAUUUUCGUAAGUUGUAAAUGUGCUGCAAAGAUUGAUUGCACCUGCUCUGAGCAAGGUAAGCCAUAUAUCAUGUUUAUUAAUUGGAGAAAUUAGAAAGUA